GGGAAACCAGUCAGUGUUGGCAGAGGGUUUUAUAUUAUCUGUGUGCAAUGAUCCAAAUACCAAUAAUACCUGUUUGUUAUUUCCAGCUCUCUUUGAGGACUGAAGACGCCUCUUGGAUGAGAGGGCGGUGGCCGGUGAAUGAAUGAUCAAAGCCGUCGACGGGCGGAGCCUCCGCUGUAUUUACUCCCGGCGCCCCGCCCUCUCCACAGCGGAUAGAAAAGUGUUGGAGGGGCCGGUGGAAGGAUGAAACAAGUGGAAGGGGAUGCAUCAGUAACAAGUCCAACGCACACACAGCCCUCCACCUCUUCGCCUCCUCCGUUUCUGUAUCACUCCGCUGUAGCAUCCGUUCUCCGGGUUACAGUUCUCCCUCCUCUGCGGCGGUGCACCGGAGCUCCAUGGCCGCCACACUCACCGUGAGCGGCGGCGGGCAGGACGAUCCCUUCUACCCGCUGCAGAAGGCGACUCUGCCGGCUGUCUUUUCUCUGGAGGACUCGGUGCUGUUCGGUUUAGACUGCAAGCUUUCUGACAAAGCUGGAUUAAACGACUACUCACUACAGGCCAAAUGUGAGAUGGACAGAUAUCUCUCUCCUCAGUCUCUCUCCCUUCCACCUCCCACAGACGCUCAGCAGAAGUCACAGAGAGAUGGUGCCUGUUCUGUGGAGCAGUUUUUCACUGACGAUCACAGCGGCGCCCCCUAUACCCUCAACAUGAAUCUGUAUCUCCCCGAAGUGGCCUAUUUGAAGAUGGGUGUGAGUUCGCAGGUGCGGCCGCAGCAGCACCAGAGCCACGUGGCUCUCACCCAAAUAAAAACAGAAUCCGUCUCCCCGUGUUUCUCCCCUAAUCUACAGCCUCACUGCCCCAACACUUCGCCCACCAGUAGCUGCAGCACCUCUGGACACGCUGGCAUUGACAUGGAAACCAUGACGCUAUCGGGGCUACCAGACUUCACCAGUGUUUUCAACCAGUCUGGAGGCAGCCAGGCUGGGGAGUCAGGGCCGGAGGUGUUCGUCAAACAGGAAAUGACAUCACCGUUUGAACAGCAUUCUCUUCACCACCAUCAUGACAACAGCAACUCACUGUUUCAGCUCCUGAACUCAGGUUUGGACCACCCCCACGGUCUGGAGAUGCAGCAACAGCAGCAGCAGAUACAACACACUUCCACAAUCCACACACCUUUCCAAGAGCUCCCCGUAGUUUCCUCCACAUCUGCACAGACGCACACGAGCAAAGCCUCUUACUGUGGUCUGGGUGGAGAGGCCUUCCCUCAUCCUCAAGCACACCCUCAUGAUCUCCAGCAGCAGCAGCAGCAGCAGCAGACUCCGUACCUGCCACCCUCUCCGCCCAGCUCUGAACCCGGCAGCCCUGACAGGCAGAAGGAGCUGCUCCACACCAUGUCUCCUCCUCCCUCGUACGCAGCCACCAUCGCCUCCAAGUUAGCGGGUGGUAGCACCCCUGGACUCGCCCCGGGUCAGGGACCAAGCAGUUUAGCUCUGCCACUCACUUCUGCUCCGACCCCGGUCCAAAGUCAGGCUGCGGUCCUCCCACAAGCCCCUGCUGUAACCCAGGCUCCAGCUCCUGCCCAGACCACAGUGCCUGCCCGCUACAGCCGGAGGAACAACCCAGAUUUGGAGAAGCGACGGAUCCACCACUGUGAUUACCCAGGCUGCAAGAAGGUCUACACCAAGUCAUCCCACCUUAAAGCCCACCUCAGGACCCACACAGGUGAGAAGCCAUACAGGUGCACAUGGGACAGCUGCGACUGGCGCUUCGCACGUUCCGACGAGCUGACGCGUCACUACCGGAAGCACACGGGCGCCAAACCCUUCCAGUGUGUGGUCUGCUCCAGGGCCUUUUCCCGAUCCGACCACCUGGCCCUGCACAUGAAGAGACACCAAAACUAGCAGCUACAUACACACAUACACACACACACGCAUACACACACACGCCGACAUCACACGAGCGCUACCCUGACUUUUACCCUGAGCUCUCUGUCUCCGUCACCAACGUUAGGAGCUGCCAGAUUUCAGCAGCUUUCUCACAGACGAAACAGCUCCCCCUGGUGCUCCUAUCGUGUGCAAAAAAAAAGGUACGGUAGCCUCGAAAAAUCGUGUCCCUCCAUACCAGGAGCAAGUGAGGGAAGAUUUUCUAACCUAGAAGGCAUUCUGGUCGUUCAACCUCCAGGAUAAACUUGUUUUUCUUUGGAAAAAAGGCAAAGAAGAAAACUAGUAAAACGGUAGCUUCCAAAGUUAAGUCUCCAGUCCGCUUGAACUUUUGCGCGUGACUGGAAUAAAAAGCACUAACCGACUCCAAACUUGUACAUCCUUUAUUUUUUUUUUCUCCCUCUGUUCUAACAUAGAACUGACUGUGUUUUUUUAUAUAUACAAAGAGGAAGCUCUUAUUUGCAAAACUAGUCAAACCAAAUCUUCAUUUGUUUACUCUGUGGUUUGUUAGUCUCUCGAUGUAACUGGAAUAGCCAGAUUUUUUAAAAUUGUUUUUACGAAAAAAAAAACAAAAAACAAAUCCUUUGAUUUGCACUAGAAUCCGUGUUUUAAGUCUGAGCCUGUGUUUCUUUUCACCACUGGAGCGAUGGUUGUUGUUAUCACGGCUGGACUGAAUCUCCACUAAUCAUCACUGUCCAGAUAUUAAAAAUUGAAGGCAUUUAUACCCUGGAGAGAUGGAUGAUACUGAGUGUGUGUAUGUACAUGUGUGUAUGGGUGUGUGUGUGUGUGUGAAGGAGAAAGAGACGGAAGGAUUUUUAGAUUUUAGGGCGAGGAGAUGUGAGGACGAGCAAGAAGCAGAGGGCGGGUGGAUGGUUUACUAAAGAGCAGCAAUUAGGGUGAUGAAUUAUUCAGGUGGUGUUUGGAUGGAUUUCCAGCUGGAGAAAUCUGAGCAGAAGUCGUGGACGUUAUCUCAGAAUUCAUUCACUUAAACAGAACUGAGUGUGUUUGAAGCCCAGGCUUAGGCAGAAUAACCAUUUACUGCACAUUUGUGUUUUUUUUUUUUUUUGUUUUGUUUUUUUUUCUUUCCCCCGAUCUUUCAACCAAAGCAUGGUCUUUAAUCGUCGACAUCUUCUUAAGUGCCUCCUCCUCCUCCUCUGGUUUGGUUCAGCACUUCAGCAGAGCUCUGACGGACGUGGACAGUCGCACACAUGGUGCUGUUUCUCAGUUCUCAACCCGUAGUUGGUGAAAAAAAAAAGUCUUCUUCAAACGUGUGUCUUCAUCCAUCAUUUAACCUAAUGUAUCAGCUCAGCUCAGGCCGCUUCACCCACGCAUCAUCAGUCAGGCCUUUCUCUGAGGGUCCAAAGUCUGUAGGAAAACGUGCUCGUUGGGGUUCCCAAGCAUCCUGGACAUCCUGGAAACCUUUUGGGGGCGUGGGGGGGGGAGUCCUGGAAAUGCUUUAGGUUAUCUUGGAAAAUGACCACGGCUGUUGUCACGGUGUCUUCAUUGGGCAGAACGGAAGCAGGUCUGCCCCAAUCUGCCGCCACCAGCCAACCUUAUCUCCACGUCAGCUCAGCUUCAGCUUCCAGUUUUCAUUUGACUUUUUGGCUGAAUUUAGCGACUUUUUCAGACUUGAUUAGGACUUGAGGCCUACAGGGACGUCAAGCCGUCUUCAGGCUCCUCCACGCAAUUUUUUUUUCAAAUUUUUUUUAUUACAAAAUGCUAAAGUUAAUGCUGAAGAAGGUUACAGUUUUCAACUCAUUAGGAGGAAGCAGGAAUAGUUACAGUGAACAGUCUGACCUGAUCACUGGUCUGAAACGAUCACUGGUCUGACACAGUCACUGGUCUGACACGGUCACUGGUCUGACACAGUCACUGGUCUGACACGGUCACUGGUCUGACACAGUCACUGGUCUGACACGGUCACUGGUCUGACACAGUCACUGGUCUGACACGGUCACUGGUCUGACACAGUCACUGGUCUGACACGGUCACUGGUCUGACACAGUCACUGGUCUGACACGGUCACUGGUCUGACACAGUCACUGGUCUGACACGGUCACUGGUCUGACACAGUCACUGGUCUGACACGGUCACUGGUCUGACACAGUCACUGGUCUGACACGGUCACUGGUCUGACACAGUCACUGGUCUGACACGGUCACUGGUCUGACACAGUCACUGGUCUGACACGGUCACUGGUCUGACACAGUCACUGGUCUGACACGGUCACUGGUCUGACACAGUCACUGGUCUGACACGGUCACUGGUCUGACACAGUCACUGGUCUGACACGGUCACUGGCCUGACACAGUCACUGGUCUGACACAGUCACUGGUCUGUCAGGCUGCAGCAGCUACAAAUGUCCUGGACGAUGAGGGGCUGUGAUCUCUGCUAAUGCAGCUCCAUCAGUCGGUGGAACUCAGAUUGUUACUUCCUAAAGGAUAGGUUCACAUUUUUAUCCACAAAAAAAAAAAAAAAUUCACAUUUUCGUUUGAACAAUACUUUACUGCUGUCUGGCAGAGACUUGAAAGAGACUUUUUUUUAAAUUAUAAAAUUAAAAAAUCAUAUUUUCUUUUGACUUUUUGUGAUCCUAAAGGGCCAAAUUCUUUUUUUUUUUUCCUGUUCCGUUGAGAUUAGACAUAAAUGUAAACCUACCCUUUAAUACUAAUACUAUUCACCGUCCAUGGUGGUGUCGUGGUUUUUCAGGCUGAACUAAUAACUGUAUUUGUUCAUUCACUGCUGGUAGCAUUCAAAUAAUAAUAAUAAUAAUGAUGAUAAUGAUGAUAUAGCACUGUAAUAAUCUAUUUAUUUGAUUGUGUACAAACAGGGGUUGUAAUCACAUCAACCAUCUUUCUCCCCAGCAAAGAAAAAUGCCUUAAUGUAAAUACAUGCACUGUAAAUAACUUGAUUUACUUUAUGGUUUUUUUUUCCCCCUCUUUUGAUAUUAUUUUGUAAAACAAAAGGGCGAAAACAACAAACCUAAAUAGAACGCCCCGCCUCCAAAAAUAUUUGAGCCUUUAUUCUUGUUUGAUUCUUUGUUUCAAAGAUUGUUUUAUAUCUGAUGUCCUUCCAGCAACUUAUUUUAUAAAUCCUUGUUUCCUCUUCUGUAGUAAACGUUCCAAAGACAAAAGUUGUUGUUUUUUUCAACUGAGUGAAGCUGAUCUUAAUAAAGUUAACUGACACUUUUACACACCUGCUCCUAAUGGUAUGUUUUUUAAAUCCAGGGUUUUUUUUUAUGUUGUUUUUUUAUCGGAGACAAAUCCUUUAUGAAUGAAACAAAUGAGACAUCACUGCGGCUUCACAGUCUGGCAUUUAUUGGCCCUGAUAUAAAAUGAAAUUUCAGGCGUAAUGAGACGACGAGGAGCUAAAAAACUGCUCCUCAACCUGCCCCUAACCUGCAGCAGCCUCACUGGUCAACAAACAAUAGGCCUUUGAUAUCACAGCAUGAGACAAUGGACAAGAAAAUAAAUCUGACCACCGCUCCAGGACCUGGGGGGAAUCCCACUGUACUGAAAUGCAUGAACUUACACA